AAAAAUAUGAUUCAAAGCUUUCAAAUUUAAUGAAAAUUAUUAAAUAUUUGUGAGUGUCGGAGCAGAACUGCCAAUUAAAGACUGAAUCACAGAUGCAAAAUUCAAUUUACUUGAAUAGAAUCAAAAAAAGAAUCAAUGGGAAACUGCUGGUCUUGUUUCAAAGCGCCACUUCAGUCGUCUAUCACUGAUACAUCAAACGUACCUGACAUUAAAGAAGAAACUAUGGAGCUCAAAAGAUUGUUCCCAUUAAAUUCUUGUACGAAAGAAUCCUUAGUGUCAAAUGAGACACUAAGUAAUAGUAACAAAAAGUCGCUUGUGUCUACUGUGUCAGUUCCAAAUAACAUAGGCUCUGAUAAUUGUGGAUCAUUACCAAUUCAAAAUAAUUUACGCAUAUCUCGAGCUUUUUAUGCAAGAUUUCCUCUUUGUCGUUCAAUGGCAACAAAUGUUAAUACGUUUAGUGAUAAACAUCCAAAAGAGUCGCAAGACGAAAAGUUGUCCAUGUUGUUUGAUCAAUAUAAGGACCCACAUGAAGAUAUAAUAUUAGCUGAUGGAAUCGAAAGACUUUGCAAUGAUCUCCAACUUUCACCUAAUGAUUUCAAAGUUCUCGUUCUCGCGUGGAAACUUGAAGCUGAACAAAUGUGUCAAUUUACGCGUAAAGAGUUUGUGAAUGGGUUAAAAUCAAUGUAUGUUGACAGCAUACAAGGUAUACAAACACGAUUACCAGAAAUCGUUCAAGAACUAAUUAACAAUGCUGAAAUGUUUAAAGAUUUAUAUAGAUUUACGUUUCGAUUUGGUCUUGACGUAACUUCAGGUCAACGAAUUCUUCCUGUUGAUAUGGCUAUUGUUCUUUGGAAAUUAGUCUUUUCAAUCCGUGAGCCAUCUUUACUUUUAAGAUGGCUGUCUUUUUUAGAAUGUCAUCAUGUACGUGGAAUACCCAGAGACACUUGGAAUAUGUUUCUUAAUUUUGUAGAAGUUAUUGGUAAUGAUCUUGGUGCAUAUGAUGAUGCCGAAGCAUGGCCAAGCUUGUUUGAUGAUUUUGUAGAGUAUGAAAAUGAUCAAGUGAAUCAAAAUAUUACUAAAGACGAGUUCUUGAAAGGCUCAAUACACGAUAACAACAAUUGAUGAAAAUGAUAAAAAUACCAUUUAAAAAAUUUUAUUAAAUUGAAUAUGUUUAAAUAUGUUACUGAUAAAGCGUUAUUUGAGUUACGUUUGGCUGAAUUGAUGAUGUGAAUGAGAUAUCGAAGGAAUAUUAUUACAAUAAUAUUGACAAUAUAUUAAUGUUGCACGAAUUAAAAUUAAAUGUACAAAUGUUAUACUUAAAAUUACUUCAAAUCGAACUUGAAGAAAAUAUUUCCAAAAUUUUAAGCACUAUUUAGUUUUCUAUAUUCACUGCGUGCUCCUGAGUUGAUUAAACUUCACCUGACUCAUUCGAUAUAAAAAUAUAUAAAUACAUGUAUAUGAUAUAAAUAACGAUGAAACGAAUAUUUUUAUUGUUUAAUUUAUUUGAUAAAGUGUAAGCUUCAACGAAUAAAAAGUGAAGUUUUUAUAUAUA